AUGAGAAUAAUUGAAUUAGAAUACGCUAUAUCACAAAUUAAAUGGGAUAUCAUUGGAUUAGCAGAAGUUAGAAGAGAGGGAUAUAGAAUAGAAGAUAGGGGCAGCUACCUACUUUAUUAUUUUGGUAAAACAAAAGGCGAAAAAGGAGUGGGAUUUUUAGUAAAAAAACAAAGAGGGACAGAAGUACACGAGUUUAUCGCCUUAUCGGAGAGAGUUGCUCUACUUCAAGUUAAUAUCUACGGAACUAUGUUUAGUCUUAUACAAGCCUACGCCCCCACUACUGCAGCUUCCGAAGCAGAGAUAGAGAAUAUGUACAAUGAUCUAGAUGAAGCCAUCAGUAAAUGCACUAAAAAUAUAAUAUUUAUGGGAGACAUGAAUGCUAAAAUAGGAAAACCAGAGUUCCACGAGCGCUUAGUAAUGGGAGACUAUGGCUACGGUAAUAGGAACUGUAGAGAAGACGAAGAUGACGUACAAAAGUUGAAUAGUAAACUAGAAACAAUACUGCAUAGUUGCCAGAGGAACCCCGAAAAAACUAGAUCUAACUUAAAAAACCCAAAUAUCAUUACACAAGAAAUCAAAGACUUUAAUAUAGAGAAAUAUACUCUCAAAAAUAAGAAAAAUAAAACUAAACAAGAAAAAAUAGCACUGAAAAAAACUGGUGGUAUUAAAAAGGCCUAUAGAGAAAUAGAUAAUACAAAACAGCUAAUGACACAGCUCUUUGACAGCUCCGGAACUAUUGUCACGCAUAGACGCGACUUGAUGAAGGUGACUACCAAUUUCUACAAAGAUCUCUAUAAAAACGCAAACAAGACCGAAGAAACCCCUCUACACAAGAUACACAAUAAUGACUCGGUACCACAAAUUCUAGAAAGUGAAGUGGAUUUAUCUAUAAAAAACUUAAAAUUGGGAAAAAGUCCAGGUCCAGAUGGAGUGACGAAUGAGAUGAUCAAAACUGGAAAAAAAAAACAUUAA